UUGUUCCCUUGCCGUCUCCCCUCCCUCAACUGUUGCGCCAUUAUAAACGCCAUUUCCGGGUCCCCGCUGUUUCUCUUCCUCCCUACCCACUUUUCCGGAGGCCUGAGCAGAAGAGCGAGCGGGAAAGAUGGUGAAAGGAGACAACGCGACCGAGGCUGAAUUUCCCGAAGAGUUCCGCUCCUACUCGGAGAAUGAAAAGCACUGGCAGGCGCGGCGGGCCUUCAUCGUGCGCAACGCCAGGCCAGGCGAUGCGGAGGCGCUCUCUCCGCAGAGCCUGGACCAGCUGCUCUCGCUCUCUAUGGUUUGGGCCAAUCACCUCUUCCUGGGCUGCAGCUAUAACAAAGAACUCCUGGACAAGGUAACAGAAAUGGCUGAGGGGAUUGAAGUUGAAGAUGUACCUCAUUUUAUAACCCGUGAUGAGUUAAUGAAUAAGAAUCAACACUAGUGCCUGUGAGAUAAGAUUCCAGAAUUUCCUUUUGCCAUACAGUCUGCUUUCAUGGAAGUCUGUAAUCUGGAUACCGCAAGAACCAUCACACAUGUGUUUACAGUAGAUGUUUAUUUUAGAAGGUUUUAAAUAUAUAUGUCUCAAUUUGGAUUGAAGAAGAUACUGAAGACUGUUAUUUUUCCCCUUUGAUCAUGAAGCACAAAAAAACCCCUUCCAGAAAUUGGGAUGGGGUCUGAUCCUCGUUCCAGAGAGCUAGGAAUAAGGCUCAACCAGUCAGAGCAGAAAGGUAUUUCACCACUGGCAUCCGAAAUAGCCAAUGUGUAUGUCUGCUCUCUGUUCAGUAUCAGGAGAGAGAGAGUGCACUAGAGGAGGUAGUUGACAGAAGUAUGAGGAUGUAGGGGUGGCCAGGUGAGGCAAUGACUGUCACCAGGGUCUUCCUGGUAGCAGGUGCUGGCAGUAAGAUGGAUGGGGUAAAGGAUGCUGGCUUUGUGGGUGUCUGUCUGUUGCCUGCAUUCUUCAUUUGUUAGUGAGGAUUACUGUGGGACCAUUGGGGCAGAUAUGGGUAUCAGUAUCUUUACUAAGCUUAAUGAGGCAAUUGGGAAGAUAAUGGGGCACCUCAACAGCGUUGGGAGCCAUCAAACGCAUCUUCCACAUUGCAGAUAGGGCUAAGAUUCUGCUCUGGGUGGUGGCCCUAUGCAAGAGGCUGGAUAGAUGUGCAGCUACAUGCAGUGGAGAUGCAGUCCCAGCCCCUCUCAUGGCAGCAUCCCUGUCAGAUGACAUUGUGGGCUGAACUGUGGAGGGCAGGCUACUUUGGCAGAAGCCACUGAGGUGAGAGUGAGUGAGUUAGGGAGGAAGUGGAGAGGAUGGUGACUGAAUGUCUGGUGGACCCAUCAAACAUAAGGCCAUCAAACAUCAAACUCUGGGUUACAAGGUGCAGGUCAGGCUAGUCAUAGCCAUUGUGCCCAAGAUCCUAUCCACCAACCAACAUGCCGAGUUAUUGAGUAGAACCAGGGCAUUGGUAUUGUUCAUCCUGACACCAUUUGUCUCCUGAGUUGAACAAGUAAUAGUCUUCAAACAUAUUUUGAAUACUGUAUGUUACCCUUUGAGUUAAAGUGAAUAUUAUGCAGGCUGCUGAGCUCAAGGGUUCAGCUGUCUAAGCAAAGCUUUCCUCUUUUGCUAAAGACUGUCCUGUUUGCCUCCUUUCUCACUGGUGGAAUCAGACAAUGCCUCAGCUUCUGCUGCCUGGUUGCUUCAUUUCUUUUUUGGAUUGGUAUGAUUACCUCUAUGCUCUGUAAAAGUCUUCUGACCUGGGCACCCCCUGCCCUUCUUACAGUUUUUAGUCCUUUCUAUGGUUUAGACAGUAGUUAGACUGUGCCUGUGCCAUUGUUAAAUAAAAUAGGACAGUCUUUUCUGCACUAGCUGCUUGAAAUUCUCAAAGGGGUAGUAGUAUGCUUCAAACUUUCAUGCCAAUUCGCAUGAAAACAGAAGUUAGAGGCAACAGAAGAGCAGCUGAGUCUGCAAUUGAAAGUGAAGGAAAAUGAAAAUGAAUGGGAAUAAUGAAAAUAAAUGUAAUAAUGAAAAUGGCUUUAACUAAUGAAUAAAUUCUUUUUAAAAAAUGCAA